GCCAAACGGUCUUUUCGUACCGUGCUUCUAGGGCAGAAAAAAAUUAUUCAGUCCAAAUUCGUCAAACAGAGAAACUGUGUUUCAAUGUCAUCGUCAUAAAAGAGUUUAGUUUGGGUGAGAUAUUUGACAUGGUUGGGUUGGUGUGCUUCUUUUCAUACCUUCGUUGUUGGUAACGAUGACAAAUUCCUGUGUUGUUAUUCAGCGCAGAAUAUUUGUUUAUUUUUGAGUGUGAGUUUUAAUGUGAAGUGAAGAAGACAGGUGCAAUUCUCAAGAACUAGGAUUAAAAAAAAAAACGAAAGGAGUUUACACUGCUUUACCUUAGAGCGUUAUCGAGGAAGGAUACCAAUCCAUGCUUUACCCAUGCAAUUUAAAAUAGAAGUGAGCACUAUAUGUUGAAGGUUCCUUCAUCAUGACAGAAGAGGUAAAACCUGAUGUAAUUAAAAAGACACAAGAUUCUUUGAAAAAGCAUAUUAAAAAGCCACCACUUACUGAAAAAUUACUGAAGAAGCCUCCAUUUCGAUUUUUGCACGACAUAGUUACCAACGUUAUUAAGGAAACCAGUUUUCUGGAUGGUUUGUUCACUGUAGAAGAACUCAACCAUGAAAAUAUAAAGGACCGAGAUGGAAAAAUAGCAUUUUUGGACAAACUCAUAAGUGCAGUAAAAAUAAUUACUGGAAUUCCCCUUUCUGUGAGAGCUACAAAAAUUGUGGCAGGUCAUGAACCAACAAAAACUAAUGAACUACUGCAAGCUAUUGGACUUGCUCUGGAUAAAAAACUUGAUUCCAGAGAUGUUGCUCAACAACUACGUAAAAAAGGCAACAAAAAGUCUGAUGCUCCUGACAGCAAGAAAUCUAGUCCGAGGGAGGGGAAACAAGAGAAAACUGACGCUGGGAAAUCAAAAUCCCAAGAAAAAGUUUCUAGUCAAACAGAAGAGGGUUCAGACAAAAAGAAAUCUAAUACCAAACAAGUGAAAGUUGGCCAAGAAGCAGAAUCAUCAGAUAAAAAGAAACGUUCAUCAUCUACAUCAAAACAAACAAAGUCGAAGGAGCCAAGUAAAACAGUGAGAUCUAAAAAAGAAAAUAUUACAUCAGAUUCUAAGGCAGAUCUGCCAAAGGAGAUGAAAGAAGAAGCUGUUGGUCAAGCAAAAUUGCCUGAUAAAACUCCUUCAAAACAGGAAAUUUUAACUUCAGAGGCUGUUCCCACUGAGGUAGAGCAGAACAAAACUCCAUCUCAAAGGCGUUCCUCAUCAGCAAGGCAGCAGAUGGAGGAAAACCCUGGGCUACCCCCCCAACAACCAUCAGCAACACCAAUUUCCCCUAAAAAGCAAAUAGAGAGAAAGAGUUCAUCGCAAGAAAAGGAGGACUCAGCCCUCACAACUUUACCACCAUUACAGCCUGAUCAAUCCACCAUUGGUGCACCACCCAAAACCCACACACAACCCCAACCAUCCACAAAUUCUACGCGAGCUCCCUCUGCAACACCUGCUCAAACUUCUAAUUCACAGCAGGGACAACCACAAGCGCCCGUUCCUGUGCCUUUGGCUAGACCAAGAACUGCAGCCCGUGUAGGAAGUGCCCGGCCUGGAGCACCCAGAGUGCGUAAUAGAGGAGAAGCUCUUGUUGUUAAUGAAGAAGUGAAAGCAGCCCCUGUAAAUUUGAUAGUAGAGGAUGAAAAUGCCAAGAUAAGCCAUGAAGAUGAGGACGAAAAUCUUGUUGUUGUGGAGAGUCCACCAGUUGACGGCAUACCAGAUGACCUGCAACCAUCAGCACCAGCUAUGUCUCGUCCUUCAAGUCAGCAGGGCCAUUUGGUUGCACAGAUUUUGGAAACACAAAAAGAACUAGAAGUUGGUAAUGGUGACAAUGGGGAAGUCAAUCAGCACCACACCGAAAUAGAAUGGGAAGCAGGGAGGAGGAGGGAGAGGGAGACAGCUGUCAAAGAAGUGGACCGAAUGCGCUCUCUAAUUCAGACACUAACAAGGGCAGCGCAUCCUCUUGGGAAACUUCUUGACUCCUUGCAGGAAGAUGUAGACAAUAUGCAGAGAGAGCUAAGCCAAUGGCAAAAUAUGCAAAACAGUUUAGAGGAGCAAUUACAAAUGGAAGAAAAACUAAGUGCACAAGCAUCACUACCUCUCAAAGAACAGUUAAAGCAGUUACAACAAGCUGUACGUUUAGAAUUAGAUCAAAUAAGUUCAGCUAAAGCAAACAUAAUAAGCAAUGAUGAUCGCAUCAGGAGACUGUUAACUAGCGGUCAAAGUUAAUUGCUCAAAGGAAUGUGCAACCCCAAUUAAACAAAAAUAAAAAUACUAGAACGGGAAAUGUAGAUGAUUAGUGUUAAUUGUUGUUUCUAUGUUUUCACGCGCACUCUCUCAAAUGGAUCUCACCUGUGAUUGUUAUGAAAUAAAACAUAUUUAAAACGUGUCUAAA